AGGCGCCUUAUUUUCUUUGAUUUGAUUCCUUAUCAAUACGAUAGUGGAUUUAUUACUGUAAUAAUCCUUUGAAUAAAAGCUAUAGGCAACCAACAUGGAGGAUAUUCGUAGGUCAAAACUUAAUCUUCUUCAAUGGUUGACCAAUGAUCCAGAUUUUAUUCUACAAGUAGUACAAGAAGAUGGUCUCAUUACUCAGCGAGAGUAUCAAAAACUGAAGGCAGAGAAUGAUCCUGAAAAAAGAAUCAUAAAUCUUCUUGAUAUUGUAAUUGGAAAAGGCAGUUUAUCCUGUGAGAACUUCAUCCGUAUCCUGCAGAAAGAUAAAGUUAAAGAGACUUAUCCAAAGCUGACAGAAUGGCUUUCACAUAGAGAACAAGCUGUUAAACCCAGUGGACAACAUAAUAUCAACGCUGAUGUUCAUGCUGCUGGAGGUUCCUUCAUUGUGUGUCCCAUAAUCCAAACUAAUCAAACUUUGAGUACCCCAAAUAUCAGCAUACCUUUGAAUAUCAAUUCAUCCAAGAAUGACAGGAGUCUGCCAAACAGUCUGACUUUAGGUUCCACAAAGGAAAUAAGUGUCAAAGAGUUGGAGGAUAAAGUAACAGACAAGAAAUCAUUUCUGUUCUCGAAUUGGGGAAGUCUUGUUCAGAAAGUAAAACACGUCGACGAACUUGCCGAUCUAAUGAUGGGAUAUGGUCUUACUAAUGAAAUGUACUCUGAAAUCUUGGGCUGCAAAACAUCUCAGGAGAAGAUGAGGAAACUUCUACAAUACUCAACAACAACUGAUGUGGUUUCAGGGCACCUGUUUUCAGCAUUGUGUGUAUUGCAUAAUUAUGUCAUACAAGAGCUAAUUCAAUAAGACUAACAUAUACCAUCUGAGAUUAUUCCUUAUUUUGUGUAGCUAAAACAUGGUUUGGUUUUAACUAUGUUUGUGAAGAAUGCCUUCAUAUUUCAGGCCUAUACUAUUUAGGUAAGUAUUAAAGCAUAAUGCCAAGUCUCCAUCUACAUUAUGUUCUAUCCUCUAAUCGCGCGUGGUGCUGGAUUUUGCUUCCUCAUGUGUACACAUGGCACUAUGUACUUGGAUUUGACCAGACCCCUUGCAACGUAUUGGAAGGAGGUAGCCUCAAUCUUAAUUUUUAUAUUUAUUUAAAGGCAAAUGUAAGGUGCGGUGUUCCAGAUAUGAUUCAAUUAGUCCACAACUAGGCUUUUAUAAUAACAUGCCUUAUUUUCACAAAACAGCUACAAGAAAAAAAAUUAGAAUAACUUGAUUGAAAUACUUAACAAGAUAAUAUACUUUUCACCACUAAUUAUCAACUGUUUCAAUGUAGACAGCAUUCCACAAACACAGCCUUUGCUAAAAAAUGCUAUUCAGCAAAACAGUUAUGGAUCUCAUGUGCUGUCUCUCUCCAGUCCAGAAGAAAGAUUUUUAAGAGGAAGCCUCACUUUCUAGUCACCGGAAGCGCAAGCUUUUAGCUCAACAGCUCGCAGAAACCUUCUCACUAACUGAAAGCAAAACUAAAAAUCCUUCCUGGCUCUGUGUGAGCCCUGCCCAUGCCCACUCUUGAUUCUUUUGUCCCUUUCUAAAGAAAAAGAUAACUCCAAACUGUUUGCUAACUGUCUUUCUGAAGGAGACUGUACAACAUCACUAUGGCAAAACUCUUCUGCAAGAGAAACAGCACAGAAUACAUCUCUCUUAAAUUGCACAGUUUCAUCACAAUUUCCAUUCUAAUAGUGAGAGAGAGGUGGGAGUUGUAAAACAGCAUCAUGUGAACUGUUGCUAGGUUGCCUCUGGCUAUCCCCAUGCGAGACGUGGACUGUGAAAAUUGACAUAUACACUUUGCUCAUGGUCAGCAAAGGCACCUCAGAGACUACUUCUGGUUAUGCCUAUGCUUAAAAAAAUAGCCUGUCACACAUGGAGAUGAAGGAAAGUGCACAGUGGUCUAUUAGUUGACCAUGCAGGAAUAAGGGAAUGCAUGGAAAGGAACUGCUGUUGCUUUGUAUAUGAAAUAAAAAUC